GAUGUGAGGGACCCUUUCGGGGGGGAGGAAGUUUGAAGACGAGCCGCGGGCAACAGGAGACCCUCACAUCUCCUCUCAGCUCGGUUUACAACCACCAGUUCCCCCCUGUUCGUUAUUCGUGGAUGAGUUGGACUCUGCUCAGAUAGUUUUCAGUCAAAGUGAAAGAUUUAACCUCCUGCCUGUGGACUUAAAGCUGCAGUCAAAGAACCGAACUACCGCCCGGGUUGCUUACAUUUCAAGCGGGCACCCGUGCAUCCUUUCCGGGAAGAGUUUCGCAGUUCGCACCGUGGGACUUCGCAACAAAAGAGAAAGUUGAGAAACCACAACCUGGAAGCGUUUUCUUUCGCAAUCCACCUUUGCUCGCUGGAGUUUUGUAACUGUUUUUGCUAGAAAUGGUCGGCAGGUUAAACUUGCCAAAUGUGUGUGAAGGAGACCCGCUGGAUAUGAGCUGCAGGAGCGACCGAGGACUCGACAGCCCGGACUCGGGGUUACCUCCGAGUCCAAGCCCCAGCGGCUGGCUGCUGCCCGUGUGUGCGGAGAAAGCCGUGAGCCCGGUGUCUGAGGACGAGGGACGAGUCUCCCUGGUAGGUGACCAAAUAUCUGCUGAAUAAAAACGGAGGCCAAAGUUUUUAUUAUAAAUGCACUUGAAUGUUUGAUAUUAAAAUUUGAGAGUACUUGAAAUUAUACUCUCAUGUUUUUCAUUGGGGGUGAGAUGCAUCACAGCACAUGUUGCUACUGAUGUCCCAAAUCUUGUCUUGACUCCCUGUGAGCCUUUUUAAUGCCAUAAUUGAAACACUUGUAAAAAGCUUGUGGCAUCCCUGCAAGAACCUGCUGAGUUUCUGUCCAGCUGAGGAAAGUGGGUCACUGGAGCACUGAGCACCAGCCAACUACAGUACUGGCUUCUUGUGUUGUUGACUGUGGGGCUGCUUGUGUCUUUGCAGGAUCCAGUUUUACCUACAGGACCUUUCCAGCAGCUUCAGCCGUUGUCCUUUGGGGAAGGUAUAGCACUUGAUCCGUUACCACCAAAGGAAGUGAGGUGAGUUGGAUUUGACUUGACUGGUUUUGUGUGGCCUUUGAUUUGUUGUAGGAGUGCAGAGAUGCAGACUAGCUCUAUCUAUGUCUGCACUUGAGCACACAGGAGGACAUGGACAGAACCUUUUAAUAUUAUGCAGAAUAAUUGUCUUGCUCUAUCUGAUUAUCAUCAGGAUUUGCACAAUACCUGUUUUGCAACCUCCACCCUGAAAGAAGCUGAUGCACAGUUUGAGCAUCAUCAGACCUUUCUUAUUUGUUGAGAUAAAUUAGGGCUAGGCGAUAAAAUGAUAAUGAUAUAUUUUGAAAAUUAAUUUCCUUCAAUAUCAACAUAAAAAAAUGGUCAAUAUGCUUUUCGAUAGUCUGCAUUCUGCCAUGUUUUGGUAGACAAUUCGAAUAACCAAUGAAAAGGGGAGUUGCUCCAAGUCCGCUUCACAAUGAACCAAUCGUGUUGAAUUAGAACCAAGUAGCAAACAACUGUGUAGUAGUAGGCUGUAGCUACACGCAACCAUAGCAUUUAAACACGUGAAGCCGACAGCACUACCAAACCCGAGCGGAGAGGAAAGCCCAUGGUUAGACCGCUUUCUCUAGUGCAACGCCUCACGACAAAACGUCAAAGAGACACAAAGACCUCACAGAUGCAGUAGCUUAUUGUAUUGCAAAAGACAUGCUACCAAUAAGCACUGUUAAAUUUCAUUUUUUAUAUCGUGAUAUAUAUCGAAAUUAACUGAUAUUGACAAAAACUUAUCAUGAUAAACUUUUUCCCAUAUCGCCCAGCCCUAAGAUGAAUUCAAAGCCUUUGUAACAGACUAGUCCCGUUCAAAAUAAAACCUUUAAACCUGUACACUUUGACUUCACCCUCUCUUUAGAUACACCUCAUCCGUGCGCUACGACUCAGACCACCACUUCAUCCAGAAUGUGGACUUGCAGCCUACAGGUCUUGGUCUUGAGCAGUGCAGACAGACCAUCAUUGCUGUGCCAAACAGCACCUGGCGGCACUACAAGACGCAAGUGGAGCUGCAGCCUCGCCAUCGGCCGCAGCACUACAAAAGCACCACCAUCGUCUACCCCAAGAAAACCAGCACCAUGUAUACUACAGAGCUGAGCUACGACUGCAACAGGGUAUCCAGACGGUUCCUCUCGAGCGUGGAGCUGGAGGUUGCAGGCCGGAGAGCAAUAUCUCAGUGAGGGCGGAGGAAGGAUGUGGCCAAGGUUAUUCCCAUGACCUUUUUAUACUGUAGCUCCACCACGGCUGGCUGCCACUCACCUGCUGUGUUGUCCUUUUACAGUUGUGUAGCCUCUAAUCUGUACAGGAAGUACAUGUUCUGUGAUGUCACAUGUAUCAGACAUGAGAAGACAUUGACAAAGUCGGUGAAAUUCUUAGUCCGUCUUUUUCUUGACAUGUUCACGUCUGCCAGAGGAUGAUCUUUCAGGAUAUCUCACAAGACGCUUCACUUUGCAGCUUGUCGGUCCUCAGAGGUGUGCUGACAUUAAGUAAGCUUUUAUCGACUCCUGAGCUGACUCAUUUGGACAGAGAUAAGGAGAAUAUUUAUUGCCCACAGCAAAGUCAUCUUUUAGUGUCAUAUCACGUUUGUCAAGUUUGAAGAGUGGUUGGUUUUGAAUUUUAUCAAUGAAGCCUUCUUUAGUUCAGCGAGUAUAUUCAUGAUCGCAAAACGAGUGCUUUGAAUUCCGCUUACUUAUAAUACAGUUCACAUCAACUAGUGUAUAAGAGAAAAUAAAGGUGAUCACAUGCGGUGCUGGAGUGUACAUGCUGAUGUCCACACACUGUGCUCUUGAUGUGGUGAAAUACUUACACGUGUUUGUUCCUCCACAGGGUAUUUGUAUUUCAGCGAUAUUAGCUUAAGCUGAGCUGUCUUGAAAAUUAGUCAUUUUCAAGGCUGGAUUGCAAAACAACAUACAUUAAGAAGGUAGAUUAAGAAGUUUAUCUGUUCAGUGUGAUGCAAGGAGCGAACCGUUAAAGAAGUUAGAAUGUUUUGUGUGGGCUAGUGUUGUUUUUAUGAAAUAGUGGGUAGCAUCUGUGUUAACAGUCACUGCCUUUCUUUGGCUGACUUGGAAUGAAAUUGUAUUUAUUGUGUUGAACUUGUUCAAAAUUUUAUGAAAUGAUAAACGGGUUUCUCCACAGCCACGGCAAGAAAUUUUUUAAGAUGCUUUUUGUGCCUCAUUAUGUAUCUAUGGUUGCCUCUUUUUAUAUUAAUCUCUUUAUUGAGUGCCAUUUUGAGAUAGAGUCUUCUUAAGUCCAACGUUUGUGUAUUUUAGAAGGAGUUAAUCCUGGUCACUUUUGAAAAGAUGGUAAUAAAUGCAUUCUGAAACUAA